AUGAUCUCCUCACGCCGCCUGGUGCCCCUUCUCGGCUUCGCCUUCAUCCUCUCGGCCCUGUUCGCCUUCUACACUCUCUCUGCACAAUGGGAGCCAAUCCCGCAACCCGUGGGCUUGAACAGGCCGUUCGCAACACCCUCGCCCACACCAUCCUUGCGUUAUAAUCUCACCCGGGUGUUUGAAGAUACUCCCACACGGACGCCAUACGCCGCCAAACCACGCUUUGCUCCUGGUGUCCCUAAAGCGCCUGGCGCGACGUACAGCAAGAUACUAGUUGUGCCUCAGGCAGAGGGGGAGGACACCACCUGGAUCGAAUUUGAAUUGCCAGACUGGCAGUCGGCCGUUUACGCCGUAAAUGAUCCGUCGGCACCUUACCAUCCACCCAAAAACAAAGGGCAUGAGGUGAUGGUCUACCUAAGCUACAUCAUCGAGCACUACGACAAACUCCCAGACAUCAUUGCGUUCAUGCAUUCGCAUCAAUUCGCAUGGCACAACGAUGACCUUUUCAACGGCGAUGCGUCCGAGUUGCUGCGGCGUCUGAAUCCGGCCUGGGUUAUCAGGCAGGGUUAUGUGAAUCUGCGCUGCACUUGGAGCCCCGGUUGUCCGGAUUGGUUGCAUCCUGGCACCUUAGUUGAAGAUCAAACCAAACAGGAGGAGGUCAUGCUUGCUCGAGCCUGGGGCGAGAUCUUCCCCGAUGACCCGAUCCCUGAAGUCUUAUCUCAGCCCUGCUGUGCUCAAUUCGCCGUCUCGCGCGAGCGCAUCCUAGCCAUACCCCGAGCUCGAUUCGUGUAUUUCCGCGACUGGAUGCUCCGGACCGAACUCAGUGACUACAUUUCCGGUCGUAUCUGGGAAUAUCUGUGGCAGGUCGUUUUCACCGGCGAGAAUGUUGUUUGUGUCAAGGAACAUAUCUGCUACUGCGAUGGGUUUGGGAUCUGCUUCGGUGGUGAAGACGAGUAUAAUGAUUUUCGCGACCAUAACACGGCUAAAUCCGAAUUAGAGGAGGCACUUCAGGGGUGGUCUGUAAGGGCAGACUUGAUUGAGCUCACUCGGAUGCAUGGACACCUGGGCGAAGAAAGCCAAUUAGACUUUCCCGAGCCUGGAAAGGACAUCACUCUGGAAGAACAACUUGAGCUCGAAGAAGCACUGAUCCUCGAGCUGUUCGUCAAUGCCACCGACCGAGGCCAGGAUCCUAGAGCCCGAGCUGCGGAGGUCGGGAGAAUGUGGAAAGAAGGAGAUGCUCUUGGGUAUGCGCCUAGCGAAAAUCAACUAGCUGGGCUGGUGGAGGCUGCCACAGCGGCUGCAGGACAAGACGUCUCGGAAUGGGCUGCGGCCGCUGCAGUCGCCGCUGCGGCUGGGGCGGCUGGGAAUACACAUCACCUAGAGGGCUAUGGACCGGACAUACAUAUGGAUGAUGACAGCUUUGCAGACACAAGCUUUACCGCUGGGAUCAACGGCGGGCGGGGUCUGCGAGGACCCGGAUCAGCCCCGGUGAAUGAACACGCUCAAACCUCUGGGUUGACCCGAGUUGGCACGAAGAAGAGGAAGAGAAACGAAGAUGCUCUCGAUCCCGCAUUGACAGGAGGGGGCCAUGUCGGUCUAGCAGGGGACCAGCAAUCACACCACCAUAGUCACCACCCACAUCAGCAGCAGCAGCAUCCGCAGCAGCAUCCACAUCAUUACGGCGGUGAUGGGCUAGAUCUUCGAGGCGCCCCGCCACAAUCACUAUCUGAAGCUCGGGCGGUGGGCUUGCACUCGGCAGCUGCCCUCUUUCGCCAGCCCUCCAGUAACAAGAAAUACACUCGUCCACCCAUGUCCAAAUUGUUCUCCUCCCUCGAGCUUUCUCCAGAAAACUUCUUGCAUCUUCAAGCAGCAGCUAAAGCAUACAUGCUUGAUGAUCGUCAUCCUGAGCGCCGUGACUGUGUAGGUCAACGCGGUAAGGGGGAUACAGAGAUGGUCAAGCUGCGGCUAUGGAAUUGCGUACGUCAUUUCCUCGAGGGUGAGGGUCAUGGCGAGCGGUUCUUUGGAGAAGAUGUGGUCAAUGAAGGCAUGGGGCCCAGGGCAUACAUCUGGCCCCGGGAUCAACAGAAGAUCAUCUCACUGGUGAUACCUUUGUUACGGCGAAUGGUAACGAACGAGCGACAGCGUCAGUAUGCUGUCGAGACGAGGAAAGGCGGCGGAGCAGAGGAGCGACGGCGACGGAAGACUGAGGACAGCCUGCAAAAUCUCAAUGCGCACACGCCAACUGAGGACCAUCUACAACUGCAUACCCAGCAUCAUCAUCAUCAGAUUCACGAUGAUUAUACUGCAAUGCAGACCCCGAUGUCAGCGUCACAGCCACCCAUGGGUUCCACCUCGCAGGCCGUGGAUCUGGGAUUAACAGAGCUUCUGUUGGACGGAUACACCACCGACUGGAACGCAUUCGCUAAGUCCUAUGACUCGUACAAUCAGAACUGCGAACUUGACAAUCUCUGGUACCUAUCAGGCCUACAGCAGCCGGACUGGCGGGGCUUGGUGGCUGCAGUCGAUAGCCAUUACCAGGUCAUUCACAAUGGUGGCUAUGAGUGUCCUCCACAGUGUGAAGAUGACAAUAUACAACGUAUAUUAGAGGCUAAUGCUACUUCUGACUUGCGGUGGCGGAUUGGCGGUAACAUUCCACAGCCCGCGAGGAACGAAUUUGCAAGUAGCAUCACUCGCGACGUCUCGCGCAUCAUCCGCGACAAUCUUGCUGUGAAGCACGAACCGCAUGCUGCAUCCCACGAUCAGGCGUCUGUGUCACAACCUCAGCACUUCCCGCCUGCCAAUUUACCACCGAUGCCUGGAGCUGCCUCUGCCGCCAGCAAUGUCAGGCCUCCUUCGUCGCCCAUGUCUGUCUCUCUUCGUAUCAAUCUUAUUCAGGACGGCAAACGCACACAUUCCCGACUUGAUGUGCCUGGCAGCCAGUGCCCUGACCUCGAGACGCUCAAGCAAGUGAUCUCCCGCCGGUUUUCGGGUCAGCUGCCGGGAUUUUCAUCUGAGUCAGGCUUGGACUCCGCUAGCGGCUGGGUCGCAGGGGUCAACUGGAGAUUCAAGGUAUGGCUACCGGAUGGAUUAACAACGGUCCAAAAUGACGGCGACUGGACCAUUGCACUCCUGUCCGCGGGAAAUGUGGAUUGGAUGGACGGCUAUUUGAGAGUCUUGGUUGAAUUUGAGGAAGCAUCUUGA